AAGUAAACAAUACCGGUAUCUUUAACCCUAUAUGUACCGCAUCUACCCACCUAAAACUGUCUUCCUCCCUGAAUACUAGUAUUAUCUGGAAGCCGAAGAGAAAAGAAUACACCUGUUUUCGGACCAUUCCGUUUUUUACCACUGAAGAAGGGUGUGACCUCUGACCUCUGACACACCCAAUCCCCAACAAAACGCAGCUGUGCUGCUCUCGUUUUAUUCGCUGUCGCUGUACCACCAAACUGGAUGGAACAGUAAAAACCACUUGUCUGAGUUAGUUUUACUUAAAAGAAUAAAACAACCACCUCUUUUCCUUCUACCCCACACUAUCAACAACAGCUCAGGACCUCUUCGCCCAACGGCGCUAAAGCACCACAAAGCUCUCUCAUCUCGCGGCUAGCUAGACUACCGGUACUGUAUCAUGAAGGAGCUCAAAGACGGGGGUCUCUCAUCAGCCAGAGACACGGAGAAAACUGCAGCCAGGAUACCAGAAUCCGAAACCGAUACUACUACCAAUGUUGUCGGAGUUGGAAUCUCCAUUGACGAUAACGUGGACCUGACGAAAAAGCAAAGGGAUACUGAGAUGGAAGACGAAGAAGAGAAGUCAGCUAUCAUCCUGCAUGAGCUCGACGACGGUGGCCUCUCUGAGGAAGUCAACGAGGAACGAGUGGCUGCGAUAACAGCAUCAGACACUGAUUCUACUAUUGCUGUUGGAGUCGGGAUUGACAUUAACACAGAGUCAGACCUGGUAAAGCAGCAGAAGCCUGCUGUUAAAUACAAGGAGGGAGUAGAGGAUGCAAUCAUCCAAUCUCUCAUCCCUGGAGCCCACCCUGUUGCCAACAGCAAUCCCGCUGAUUCUCGAGAUAAGAGCGGUAGUGAACCAUUCCAUUGUCUUGAUUUUUUGACCAAGACGGAAGCAGACAAGUCACAACAGCCGGAUCACCACAUACCACCCCCCAGACUUACCGGUACGCAAGAUGACUCCGCCCCACGAACAUCCUUGACGCGAGGCCAUGGCUUGUUCCAGCAAUCGGCCGGGAUCCCUGGAGCCCACGCUCGUGGUGGCGGCUUUAUCAAUCUCACGGAUGAACGAGCUAGUAUGAGCAGCAGUGAACAUGACUCUACUACUAGCGACCACACGACCCCCGUGGCCAAUCUCGUUGAUGAGGAUGAAGAAGCAGGCCUUGAUUUGCCCCGCGCCACCAGUAUGGAAACCCGGCCGUCGAAUGCCAAUGGUACGUGGCAUCACGAAAAGAAGAUUUUGUUGGCGCUGGGUGCCAUUGGCUUGCUCGUCGUCAUCAUCGUCAUUGUGGUGACGCUGUCGCUCGUCGGGGACCAGAACCCAGAUAAUGAAGAGAUUGCACCACCCACCACCGCCAUCACUGCGGCACCAUCCAUGGCUCCCACUGUCUCUGUCGCCAACUACUACUUGUCACUACUUCCGGACUACUCGGUGCGUGCGGUUCAAAACGAUCCAGAGUCCCCACAAGCACAAGCUUUUGAGUGGUUAUUAGAGGAUGUCGGCAGCCACAAUAUUGUCUUUGAGGACUGGCGGAUACACCAACGUUUUGCUCUGGCAUGCUUGUAUUAUGCCACCGGUGGUGACCAAUGGCGCCAACGUGACAACUGGAUGAAUCAUACUGUCCAUGAAUGUGCCUGGCACAGCGAGGUCCGGAAUCUCGUCACACAACAACUCGAGCCCAUGUGCGAUGAAAAGGGCGUCAUUUCCGAAUUUGGAUUGCCCCGAAACAAUUUGAGGAACACGCUGCCACCCGAACUAUUUUUGCUGACGUCCCUCCGAAACUUGGUGCUGGAAUACAAUCUUCAACUGCAGGGCCCAAUCCCUGACCAAGUGGGACAGCUUACCGCACUAGCCAGACUGUGGAUUCACAACAUGCAGCAAGGUGGAACCAUUCCAUCCCAGGUUGGUCGGUUAACAAACCUGCAAGCAUUAUCUCUGUCUGGCAAUGGUCAUACAGGAUCGCUACCCACCGAAUUUUCUUUGCUGACCAAACUUCACACCCUCGUGUUGGGCCAGAAUGAUCAGUUGACAGGCCCUGUGCUGAAUACUCUCCUGUCCCUGCCUCAGGUCAGAAGGUUUUCGAUUGAUAACAAUGAUCAUUCAGGAACCAUACCCGAGGAGGUAGGACAACUCUCCAAUCUUCGAUGGCUUCUGUUGUCCGGAAAUCGAUUCCAUGGAACACUUCCUUCCACUAUUGGCUUGCUGUCCAACAUGCGUGUACUGUCCUUGAGUCGGAAUCAACUCGAGGGGGUGCUCCCUGCAGAAUUGGGUCUGUUGACCGCCAGUACGCUCCUGUCGUUGCACACCAACAACUUUUGGUCCACCAUCCCUUCAGAGCUGGGAAACCUAUCCAAUCUCUCCGUAGGUUUGACACUCCACAAAAAUCCACUGCUUGGAGGGACCUUACCGACACAGCUGGGUCGCUUUACGGGGCUCUAUGCUUUGGACUUUCGGGAGAACAAUCAUACUGGAUCCAUUCCCAGUGAGCUUGGAUUGCUCACAUCCCUGGGAAAAUUAGACCUGUCCAACAACGAGCUUAUUGGUACGAUUCCAGAGGCACUCCAUACGCUGAAUCAGUCCCUAUAUUACUUGGAUGUCCAGGGCAAUGCCUUGUUGUCGGGCAGUGUUCCCCAAGCACUGUGCCAGAUCAAUGCCACCUGCAUUCCUAGCUUCUUGCGGGGACCCUGCAUUCCAGCUGAAGGCGCCCAUCUGGCCUUUGACAAUACCAGUUUGGAGUGUGCAUGUGACUGUCACAAUGAAACAGUGACACCGUGGAACUAGCUCGCUGCGAUACCGCAGCUAAUACCUCCAUGGAUGAUUGCUUUGUGCAACGACCCCAUGAAUCAACGAAAUGUCGAUUCUCUGAAUGAUUCAAUCGUUACAGUAUCUCGAGUCGCUCCCUGCUGCAUACCGUAGGCUGUAGUUUCAUGUCCUGAAGGUCUUCACAGUGCUGAUUGGGUUGCCUUGCCAUAGGAUGCUCAGUGUGAUGCUGUUUCUUUUUCAAAAGGCAAGCUGAGAAUCGCUUUCCUCUGCAAAUUUGGUUGCACUUCUCUGAAACACUGCUCCCCAACACUUCUCCUGAACACUUUCCCCGAACACUUUAGUGUUGUAUUAGUAUUCCCUCUGAAUUAUCAGUGGGCAGUCUUUUAGUAUUUUCAAGAGAAUUUUCGUUGACGAUUUUUGUACCUGCGCACGGUACCGUACCGCACCGUACAAAUUAAAAGCUUCAGAGAUCCAGCAUUCAAGGAAUGCGAUAUUAAAUGUCUUGGUUGAGUUGCAGUGACGAUGAAUUUG